UAUCAAGAAGUACAAGCGACAAUAUGCUGAAGUACAUCUGCGUGCUGCUAAUAUCUCUAAGUGCAGUCUGUUACUGCCAAGACUCCGUCACUGACGGUACCGAGCUCCUGCUCACAUUCUUGACACAUCGUCACGGAGACAGGACACCAAUAUCAUCAACUGUCGCUCUCAGCAAUGACGUGGAAGCUCUGGAGGACGCUACUGCUCGAUACGGAUAUGGACAACUAACUGAUAACGGCAGACGUCGUGCCUACCAGCUCGGUCAGUUCCUGCGUCGUCGGUACGAUGGUCUCCUGUCCCCCGCCUACAACAGGUCGGAGAUCUACAUCCGCUCCACCGACUCCACCAGGGCCAAGAUGACCGUCCUCUCCGCCAUGGCUGCCGUCUACCCCGCGCUUGAGGACAACUGGAGCGCUGACGUCAACUGGACCCCUGUGCCUUACACCACUGUACCUGCUAAAUAUGACUUUAAUCUAGCGGCAGUUAAUUGCCCAGCUGCCCUAUCAAUUACUUAUGAUGACACUUACCCAGCUGAACUGGAUCAAUAUACUGAUGUUCUGAACGAGUUGAGCGACAUUUCGGGCUUCAAUGCUAGCAAUCUUUUGAUAGCCACACAACUUUAUGAUGUUUAUGUUAGCCAGCAAAGCUUAGGAAUACCCCUGGACCCACGAGUUGAACCUAUUUUCCCUCAACUAGAAGCCAUCGCUGGCAUCGGUUGGGAAUACAUGUUCAACAGUGAGAUGAACCUCUAUGAUUCUGGUGUUCUCCUCAACCAGUUCUUCACGGUAGCAGACCAGAUCAUUGCCGGAGAAGACGUGCAAAGAGUCCAGGUGUACUCCGCUCAUGAUGCUAAUGUAUUCUCCUUCGAGGGAGUCACCAGGGUUGUGAAGAGGCAAGGCGCUCCCAAAUACGCUUCCAUGUAUGCCUUGGAGCUGAGGCAGGUGAUCGAGACUGGAGAAUAUGUCGUUGUGCCAGUAUACCUGAACACUCCCAGCGAAGAUGUGAUCACCUACCUGGAGAUAACUGGAUGUGGAUCCCGUUGUGAAUACGAGAGCUUCCGUUCCAUCACCGCUGAUUACAUCCUGGAUGAAGACACCUGGAGGACCAAGUGUGGCUUUACUGAGGACAUGGAGAUCGAUACCUCUUCCAUCGAUUAAAAUACGAGGACAAUUUCUGAUGCCAGAUACCUGAUAAUGAUACUCUAUUAAAUGCUAAGCAUUAUUAUUUUUAUA